AUGUGUACCUUGAGGUGUAGCAGUUGCUUCAAUGUGUCCCCAGAUAUGACCGGCAAUGCCAGUCACCAACAGCAACAUCAGAUGGGCUCGAGCCAAAUUCAGGCACAUCAGUGUGCACCAAGCCACAGCCAGCCAUAUCAGCCCCACCAGAGUAAGCAUCAUCAGUCCCACUCAAAUGCUUGCGAGUGUCAGCUUUCUCAGCCGGAGUCUGGCACCCAUAUUGGUGUUGCAGGUAUGCUAUGUGUCAGUGCCCUCAUAUUCACGUAUAGUUUUUUGCCCUUUUCGUUGCUCCUUUAUAUUGGGCACGUAGAUUUGUUUGCUUUAAUCUGUUUAGCUCAUCGGACCAAGUAG